AUGGAGGCAGCACCAGUGGCAGCAGCGGCAGCGGCGGUUGAGCCGAACGCGGCAGCUGUUGUGGGUGGCCAGCCCUGCCACCUCCAGCUGCGCCACAGCUGCAGCUGCUCGCUGUGCAAGUUCAACCCAGUCCAGCCGUGCGGCUCGUCCAGCCUGGCCAGCAGGUACCUGGCAGAUGAUUCCCUGAGGGCCCCGUGCGGCGCGCCUGUCCAUGUGACGCUUGCAGCGGAGCGCAGCACAUCAGGGGGCGAGCACCUGGUGCAGCUGGACGGCACAGCAUUUGAGGUCAUUGUCAUCGAUGGCGAGCGCUACGACGGCCUCAUGCCCGCGGCCACCAGCUGCGGGGGCGGGCCCCCCCUUCACUUUGACGCCAUCCUCCGCGCCUGCGCGGUCGAGCGGCCGCCCAGCGCCGCCAAGGGGCCGCUCAUCAAGGCGGAGCCGGGCGUAGCCCUCAGGCACCCGUGCGGCGGCGGUGGCAGCGGCGCCGGCGGCAGCAUGCCUGCCAGCAGGAAGAGCAGCAGCCAACAGUCCGACGACGACACAAGCGAGAGCGAAGGCAGUGGCGGCGGCGGCUGCAAGCAGGAUGGCGGCGCUGCGGACGAUCGAGUGGUGCUGCUGCCCCAGGGCGGGGUGGUGUCGCUGUCCGGGCUGCGCUGCUGCGCGAGCAGCGAGGCGGUGCUGCAGGGCAAGGGCUGCCGCUUCAGGCUGGCGGUGCGCGCCGUCGACGCCGCCACGGGGGCACCCCUCUCAAACGUGGGGGCGGUGGUGUCGGAUCCCUUCCUGGUGGCCACGCGCCGCAUGAAGCAGGCCCUCAAGCGCGACAUACCCUGCACCGACGACGAGGUCGGGCGCCUCCGACACAUUGGCCGCGCCACCACCGAGAAGCUGCGCCGCCUCGCGGCAGCCGCCGCCGACGAGGGCCUCCCGCUGCCGCUGCCGCCGUCGCUGCACCACGUCGAGCGCGUCGGGCAGUUUGCUGAGCUGGCGGCGCUCGUCGCCGACGACCCGGGGGCGCGCAUCCGCCUGGUGCAGCUGCUCAAGCUGAGCAGCAGCAACUGGUCUGAGGCGGUCGCGCACGCGCGGGGCGCCGUGCCGCCCGACGGCCGGCGGCGCGCGUUCGCCGGAGGGCCGCGCGCGGCGGGCCUGACGCUGCUGUUUGAGGCGCGGAUGGGGGCGCUGCUGGGUGACGAGGGGCCCGCGGCGGUGGUGUACCCUGAUGGAACGGAGGUGGCCGCCAGCAACGCCGACCCCCGGCUCGCGCCGAUGCUUCCAGCGCUCAAGGCGCAGGCCCUGCAGCAGUGGCGCCUGGCGGGGCACCCAGGCUGGAGCAUCUGGGCGGGCGGUGCAGGGGCUGCGACUGCAGAGGUAGCCGCGGGAACAGGCACGGCGCCGUCACAGGCGCGGAUUCCACAGCAGCAGCCUGCUGCAAUGCAGGCGGCCCCUACCCAGCAGCAGCAGCAGCAGCAGCAGCAGCAGCAGCAGCAGCAGCAGCAGCAGCAGCAGCUGCAGCUGCAGCGGCAGCAGCAGGAGCGGCAGCAGCAGUUGGUGGCCCAGGCGACUGCCGCGUUGGCCGCAGCUCAGGCGACCGCACAGGCGCACGAGGCGGCUGACCUGGCAGCACGGCAAGCGAUCCAGCAAACUGCAACCCAGAAGAUUGUGCAGGAUCAGCUUGCACAGCAGGCCAAAGAAGCUCAGCAGGCUCAGCAGGCCCAGCAGGCUCAGCAGGCUCAGCAGGCCCAACAAGCUCAGCAGGCUCAGCAGGCCCAGCAGGCCCAGCAGGCGCAAGAGCUGCAGGAGCACCUGAAGCGCGCGCGCAGCGAGACAGCUGAGGGACGCGCUGCCUCCCUGGCCGAGGCGCGCGCCCGGCUGCUGCGCCAGCAGGCGGGUGCUGCCGGGUUUCCUGAUGCGCCGCCGCCUGCCAGCGGGGCUGGAUCGGAGGAGCAGAGCGGGAAUGAGGUGGAGGUUGAGGGUGAUGAGGUGGGGGAGAGGGACCGCCUGGCGCUGCUGGCAAUGUACAGGGAAUGGCAGCAGGCUGGCCCUGACAGCCGCGCAGGCAGCCUUGCGCGGCCUGGGGCGCCGCGAGCGCACGUGGCGGCAGCCGCAUCCCGCGAACCAGCGGCGGCGAUGACUUUUGUGCCUGUCGUCUAUGAUCGGCGGGCGGCGGCUGCGGUGGUCGCGCCUGCUGAGCGGCCGCUGCUGCUGCCUGCUGAUGUGGAGGCAAUCCUUCGGGAGGAAACCGCCCCCACCGCAGCGGCGGCAGCGCGGUCGGCCCCGGCGCUCGUGCAGGGCGUCACAGACCCCGGCGGCAGCCGCGCCGCGGCGUUUGUCCGCUCGCUGUCGGAGCCCUGGUCAGCAAUGGAGGCCGCGGCAGCGGCAGCAGCAGCGGCGGCGGCGGCGGGUGGGGCGUAUGGGGGGGCGUCGUGGCUGAUUGGGGGUCAGGAUUCUGAGGCGCUAGGCCGAGCUGAGCUGCUGUGCCGCAGCCUGCGUGACAUGUCGUUCGAUGCUUGA